AUGGUCAGUGCAUCAAACAGGCGUUCAGGGGUCACAUCGGAGCGAGUGGCCCUGCUGGUCCUCAGUGUUCUCCUGGCAGCUGCCGUCACAGCUCUUGGUGUAACCCUUUAUGAGAAUACUCAAACCAUAAAGAAUUUCCAAAAGAGUCUCCAAAACCUUCAAGAUGAGGCUAAAAAUCUCUCAGGAAACCUCAGUGGGACAGAACCGUGGAAAGUGGAGCAGCCAACUAAACCUCCUUCAGUAAGAAAUAAAACUUGUCCGAGCUGCGAGGACGGCUGGGAGCCACAUGGAGGAAAGUGCUACUUCUUCUCCUCAGUUACUUUAACCUGGGAUCAGAGUAGAAGACAAUGCAAAUCAAUGGGAGGAGACCUGGUUGUGAUAAACAGCAGAGAGGAGCAGGUAUAA